GUAUUAUUACUAGUUAUGGAUUGUAUAUGGAUGGUGUUCUGAUGCAAAAUUCAUCACAGCUCAGUUGUUAUGCUUAUGGACUUGCUCCUUGGAGUCUGCAUUCCUUCAGAGUCCAGGCAUGUACUGCAAAAGGUUGUGCUUUGGGUCCAUUGGUAGAAGCUCGGACCAUGGAAGCUUCCCCCGAAGGAACAGUUGAUAUAUUUGCUACUAUUGAUGGGUCCAAAGAAAUUAAAUUAAAAUGGCUUGCCCCAAAUAAACCUAACGGAAAAUUGACCUACACAGUCCUUGUCACUGGUCUCUUCUAUGCUGAUCAAGCUAAUGCUAAUUAUUCUAUUGUAAAUGGUACUCGGACGUUAUGCAGCAGCAACGAAUCCAAUGUAUGGGUACCCAUUAAAGGACUGAUUCCAUUUUCUAACUACACAGUACAAGUGAAUGCUUCCAACAGCCAGGGCAGCUUGAUAAGUGAUGCUAUAACAAUAGUCAUGCCUCCAGGAGCUCCAGAUGGCGUGAUGCCUCCAAGGCUUUCAUCUGCCACUCCGACCAGUCUUCAGGUUGUCUGGUCUACACCAGUUCGCAACAACGCCCCAGGCGCGCCCAGCUAUCGACUCCAGAUGCGGCGGAGGCAUUCUGCUGGUGACAUUUUAGAUUUGCUUUCCAGCCCUACUGCUUCCUUACAACACAGGGUCGGAGAUCUUCAGCCAUACACUGAAUAUGAGAUGAGAGUGGUUGCCUCCAAUGGUUAUGGCCAUGCUUAUAGCAAUUGGACUUCAAUGACUACAGCAGAGGACAAACCCGGACCUUUAGAUCCACCACUUCUAUUGAAUGUUACAGCAAGGGCAGCAAGCAUCUCUUGGCAGCAUCCUUUAAAGCAAAAUGGCAUUAUCACUCAUUAUAAUAUUUACCAAAAUGGUCAACUGCAUGCUACGGUGCUAGGAACUAGAUCCAAUUGCACUGUACAAGACUUGCAUCCUUAUACAGUCUACGUGUUUCAGGUAGAAGGAUGCACUUCUAAAGGAUGUUCUCUUUCACCCGAGACCCCAGCAAUAUGGACUCUUCCAGAUGCACCUGAGGAUAUUCCUGCUCCCGAGCUCUUUUCUGAUACUCCAACUUCUGUGGUCAUAUCCUGGCAACCACCUGCUCACCCGAAUGGUUUGGUGGAAAACGUUACGAUAGAAAGGAGGGUGAAAGGAACAGAACAAAUAUCAACUGUGGUGACUCUCCCUUUCAGUCAGUCCAUGAGCUACAUUGACCAGAGUACUGCUCUGAGCCCUUGGCAGAAAUUUGAGUACAGAAUGCUGAUGAGCACUCUUCACGGAGGCGAGAACAGCAGUGCGUGGUCAGAAGUUACCACUAGACCAUCAAGACCUGCUGGUGUUCAGCCACCUGGUGCAGAAGCGUUGGGACCGCAUUCAGUUAAGGUCUCAUGGAAACCUCCUCUGAUACAGAAUGGUGAAAUCCUUAACUAUGAGAUUCGCAUGCCUGAUCCACGAAUUGUCAUUACUGGGAAUACUUCAUCAACAUUAAGUCAUUUGGUGACUAAUCUUAUACCCUAUACAAACUACUCGGUCACUGUAAUAGCUUGUUCUGGAGGUGAUGGCUUUCUAGGAGGCUGCACAGAGAGUUUGCCCACCAGCGUGACUACACCUUCAACGGUUCCUCAGAGUGUUAGUCCAUUGUCUGUGACUCCAAUCAGCGAGUCCUUUAUUGCCAUUUCUUGGCAACCACCACUAAGGCCAAAUGGUCCUCAUCUGAGAUAUGAGCUCCUGAGACGUAAAAUCCAGCAACCACUUGCAUCAAAUCCCCCUGAAGAUUUAAAUCUGUGGCACAAUAUUUACUCAGGAACUCAGUGGUUUUAUGAAGAUAAGGGUCUUAGCAGGUACACAACAUACGAGUACAAGCUCAUAGUGCACAACGAGGUAGGAUAUACAUCAAGUGAAGAAGUGAUAGCUACUACAUUAGCGGGAUUACCAGAGAAAGGAAGUCUCCUCAUUGCACGUGCUGUUAAUCAUACUGCCGUAGAAGUGGAAUGGUCAAAACCAACACUACAAGAUUUGCAAGGAGAUGUUGCAUAUUACACCCUCUCCUUGAAUUCUACUGAUGACAGAAGAUCUCUGAGGAUUGAGGCUGAUGUAAACUCUAUAGUCAUAGACGAUUUGCAGCCCAACACAGAGUAUCAGAUAUUUUUUCAAGUUUUUAACGGAGCCCACAGCAUCAACAGUGAAGUUGUGCAUGUGACUACUUCAGAUGGAGAGCCUGAGGGCAUGUUCCCUCCAGAGGUUGUCAUCAUCAACAGUACAGCUGUACGUGUCAUCUGGACAUCGCCUUCAAACCCAAAUGGUGUUGUCACAGAGUACUCUAUCUAUGUAAAUAAUAAGCAGUACAAGACCGGAAUGAACGAGCCGGGGUCCUUUCUUUUAGCAGAUUUGUCUCCAUUCACUGUAUAUGAUAUACAGAUUGAAGCCUGCACGGUGUAUGCCUGUGUGAGAAGCAAUGGGACCCAUAUUACGACUGUGGAAGAUGAGCCAAAGCAGCUGUCAGCACCCAUUAUUCACAUAAUUGGCUCAAGAUCUCUUCAAAUCAACUGGACAUCACCAGAACAGCCAAAUGGCAUUAUCCUGGGAUAUGAAUUACUACGUAAAGCGUGGCAGAGGUGUACCCCAUCAAAGACUCCAAGGAGCAGCAAAAGUAAUAGAAUGUGCAUCUCAUUAGAAUGUAAAAAGCAUGAAAAUAUCUGUGGAGAAGUGUGUUAUCAUCCAGAGUUGAAGGUAUGUUGUAAUGGGAUUCUGCACGACAAUAAACCUGGCUUCCAAUGCUGCGAGGACAAGUACAUUCCAUUUAUUCCUAAUUCACCAGGGGUUUGCUGUGGUGGUCAGAUACAUGCUGUGCAACCGAAACAUCGGUGCUGUGGUGGUUAUUACACUAGGGUAUUAGUAGGAGAAGUAUGUUGCCCUAACGAAGAGCAAAACAGAGUUUCAGUUGGAAUUGGUGACUCUUGCUGCUGGGGAGUGCCUUACUCCACAUCAGGCAAUCAAAUCUGUUGUGGUGGAUCUCUCCAUGACAGUUUCAAUCAGCAGUGCUGUGGUGGAGAAGUCAUAAGCACGGACUUGGUCUGUUGUGGUGAUGAAGAAGAAGGGACUGCACACAGACCUCUCACAGGGAUGUUCUGUUGUGGGCAGGAAUACGUGAAUAUGUCAGAUACCAUAUGCUGCUCAGGUUCCAGUGGUGAGUUCCUAGCACAUGUUAGAAAGAAUGACCAAGUGCCAGUAAAAUGCUGUGAGACUGAACUUAUUCCAAAGAGCGAAGAAUGCUGUAAUGGAGUUGGAUAUAAUCCUUUGAAAUAUGUUUGCUCUGACAAGAUUUCAGCUGGAAUGAUGAUGAAGGUAAAAGAAGAAUGCAAGGCUAAUAUCCUUUGCCCUUUAGUUAUGGAGGCAACAGCACAUUGUGGAAAGUGUGACUUUGAUCCCAGGGAGAAUAUCUGUGCGUGGAUAAAAGGUUCACAGAGUGCUACAGAAAAGGAGAUAAAGGAAGGUGUGUGUCCAGCUGAAGAGGAAACUGUCUACACAGGAAGUCCAAACCAGUAUUCGUUUACAGACCUGAACCUCAAACCUUUUAUCACAUAUGAGUACAGAGUGGCUGCUUGGAAUAGCUAUGGAAGAGGCUUCAGUGAAAUUAGCAGAGCUGUCACUAAGCAAGAUGUGCCACAGGGCGUAAGUCCACCAAAAUGGGCCAAAGUGGAUAAUCGGGAAGACAUGAUACUUCUAAACUGGGAGGAACCACUUCAACCGAAUGGUCUUGUUAUUCACUAUAUCAUUCUCCGAAAUGGAAUUGAGCGUUUUAGAGGAACAGAAAUGAGCUUCACAGACACAAGUGGUGUCCAGCCAUACCAAGAAUAUUCAUACCAGCUGCGAGCCUGCACUGUUGCUGGUUGCGCAGACAGCGGCAAGGUAGUUGCAGUCACUGUCCAAGGAGUCCCAGAGAGUGUUCAGCCACCAGACAUCAGUGCUUUGAACUCAACAGCAUUACAUUUAAGCUGGAUUGCACCCAAGAAACCAAAUGGUAUCAUCAGAGAGUACCUACUUAUAUACACUGACGCUGCAAGCAGAAUGCAGCACACAGUGUCAGGUCUGCAGCCAUACACUAAUUACAGCUUCAUGCUUACUGCAUGCACAUCUGCUGGGUGUGCUUCUAGCCAACCACUUUCAGGUCAAACUUUACAAGCUGCUCCUCAUGGGGUAUGGCCAAAACCUCAUCAUAUCAUAGUCAGCUCAACAGAAGUGGAAAUCUACUGGAGUGAACCAAAGAAACCCAAUGGACUCAUUACUCAGUAUCGAUUAUUUCGUGAUGGAGAACAGGUUUUCCUGGGUGGCAGUACAGACCUGAAUUUCACAGAUGUUAACCUGCAGCCUAACAGUAGAUAUGUUUACCAGCUGGAAGCCAGCACUUGGGGCGGCAGCAACACUAGUGAUAAAUAUGUUAUACAAACACCAGUGGGAACACCAGAGAAAAUUCAUGUCCCAUAUAAUGUCACAGUAAUUGAUGCAUAUUCUAUAUUUCUAGCCUGGGACAUGCCAGGGAUAUUCACUGUCAAUGUGCCUUUGGAAUACAACAUCUUACUAAAUGCGAGCAGUCCCACUCUAUUGGUGAAGCCAGUAAGACACGCACAUUUUGCUUUUGUUGAUGGCCUAGAUCCUUACACCCUGUAUGAGAUAAGAAUACAAGCAUGCCAGAAUGGUGGGUGUGGAGUGGGUGGUCAAACAUAUUCAAGAACUGCUGAAGCACCUCCUAGAGAAUUGAGCCCACCUGUCGUUAAAGCAAUGGGAUCUGCACUCAUAGAAGUGAAAUGGGCACCACCUAAGAAACCAAAUGGCAUCAUUACUAACUACUUCAUUCACAGACGUCCUGUGGGCAGUCAAGAAGAGCUGCUUUUGUUCAUCUGGGCUGAAGGAGCUUUGGAAUUUAUUGAUGCGUCUGAUGCUCUACAGCCUUUCACUCUCUACGAAUAUCGUGUCAGAGCUCAAAAUGCUGUGGGGUCAGUGGACAGCCUGUGGGCUUCAACACAAACUCUGGAGGCUUCCCCAUGGGGCAUGGGAGCCCCUUGGGCACAAGCAACAAGUGCAUACUCAGUGCAAUUGAACUGGACCCAGCCUGUCUCUCCCAAUGGUGUUAUAUCUCUGUAUCGAGUAGUCUAUCAAGAAAAACGCAGCGAUCCAACAUUUAGCAUCCCAGCUGUUACAGCACUAACUGUAAUGGGAACAAAGCAUCAGGCUCAUUUAUUUGGAUUGAAACCUUUCACAACAUAUCAUAUUCAUGUCGUAGCUGUAAACAAUGCCGGACAGGUUUCAAGCCCCUGGACAUCUGUGCGCACAUUGGAAGCUUCACCCAGUGGCCUGAGCAACUUCACUGUGGAAAAGAAAGAAAAUGGCAGGGCUCUGCUGCUAAAAUGGUCAGAGCCCUCCCAACCCAAUGGCGUGAUUAAGACCUACAAUAUUUUCAGCGAUGACAACCUGGAGUACAGUGGUUUAUCUCGCCAGUUCCUCUUCAGGCGCCUUGAGCCAUACACUCUCUAUACCCUCGUACUGGAGGCUUGCAACGCGGCGGGCUGCACUCGUUCUCCACCCCAGCUGGUCCAAACAGAUGAAGCACCCCCAGUGUCUCAGAUGGCACCUGUAAUCCAGGCAGUGAACGCUACCAACGUUGAACUGAGCUGGUUGCAGCCAAUUAAUCCAAAUGGAAAAAUAAUUCGCUAUGAAGUUAUUCACAGAUGCACAAAAGAAAAUGCUGCAGGGUACAGAGCAACGACAGAAGACGAGAAAAUUGUUUUCACAGAAUAUAACACUGAAAGUAAUACAUUCAUAUAUAAUGAUAAAGGUUUACAGCCGUGGACAAGGUAUGACUAUAAAAUACGCACCUGGAAUGCAGCAGGCUACGCUGACAGCUCCUGGACAGUGGCAAAGACUAGUCAAACUGCCCCAAAAGGUCUCGCUGCCCCCAGGUUAUUCUUGGUGUCAGCUAACCCCCGUAAAGUGCUCAUCUCCUGGGCCUCCCCAGCACAGCCCAAUGGUAUUCUUCAGUCCUACAGACUGCUAAAAAAUGAUAUUCUCUAUCCUUUCAGCUUCGAUGCUGCUACUUUCAACUACACGGAUGAAGACUUGCUGCCCUAUUCGAUGUACAGUUAUGCGAUAGUUGCCUGUACGAUGGGAGGCUGCUCUACCAGUGAACCAGCUGCAAUACAGACACUGGAAGCAGCUCCUGCCUUAGUGGAUCCACCGUCUCUGCAGGCUGUUAGUGCCACUCAAAUUAAUGCAUCUUGGGCACCUCCCCAAAUACAAAAUGGAGAUAUCACCAAGUACAUACUGAAAUUAAACAAUGAAGAGUAUUAUCCUGGCAAAAGUUUGCAAAUGUUUAUUUCUGAUCUACAGCCUUACACGCAGUAUGAUUUUGCAUUGGUUGCCUGUACUGCAGGGGGCUGCACAUCUAGCAUAUCCCAGUCGGUGAUGACCAUGGAGGCCCCACCGUUAAAUAUGGAAGCUCCCAGGCUGCUUGUCAUGGGCUCAGAGUCAAUUGAAAUCACAUGGAAACUUCCAGCUAACCCCAAUGGUAAAAUCACAAGCUACGAGCUAAGGAGGGAUGGUGUUCUUGUUUACUCAGGUCUGGAAACUCGGUAUCUUGAUUUCACCCUAAUGCCAGGCAUGGAGUACAGCUACACUGUCACUGCAAAUAACAGUCAAGGGAGUGUGACCAGCCCAUCAGCUCAGAUAAAAACCAACCCCUCUGCUCCGUCUGGGAUGUUGCCUCCUAGGUUGCAAGCAUGGUCCUCAAAGGAGAUUUUGGUGGCCUGGGAUCCUCCUAUCAAAGUAAAUGGUGACAUUAGAAAUUACACAAUCUCUAUCCACAAGCCUGCUGAAACGGGCAAGAAAACUGUUGACUUUGAUGCAUCUCAUGUUUCCUUUGUGAGACGGUCGUACAUAGUGGCAGAGCUACAACCCUAUAGUAGGUAUGAAGUACAGCUCCAAGCUUGCACAGAGCUGGGUUGUGCCUCCAGUGAGUGGGCAUCGGUACAGACGCUGGAGGCGCCACCGGCAGUGCAGCCUGCCCCUCUCAUAGAAAUACAGACCAGAGCUGGGGGCUUCCAGUCAACUUCUUCCCUCCUGUGGACUGGCCCACAGCAGCCAAAUGGGAAGAUUUUAUACUAUGAACUUUACAGAAGGCGAACGACUCGAGCCCACAUAAAUUUAGACCUCGCACUUGUUUACAAUGGUUCUUCAACCUCCUUCAAAGAUGACAAGUUGCUGCCUUACACAGAAUAUGAAUAUCAGGUGUGGUCGGUAAACUCAGCGGGCCGGACGCCGAGCGGCUGGUCCCGCUGCCGGACAGGCCCUGCCCCUCCUGAGGGCCUGGGAGCUCCCCUCUUCAACACGGUGGCGUCCACAGUGGCUGUGGUGAACAUCAGCCCCCCUCUUAAGCCAAACGGGGUGGUCAGUAUCUACAGGCUGUUUUCUAAUGAUACCAGAGGGACUGAUGUGGUGCUGUCAGAAGGGACUGCCACCCAGCAGACAAUACAUGGGCUAAAACCUUUUACCACAUACUCCAUUGGCGUGGAGGCCUGCACCUGUUUCAACUGUUGCAGCAAAGGACCCAUGGCCCAAAUCACCACGCAGCCGGCUCCACCCUCGGAGCAGCCCCCCCCGCAGAUCCGCACCGUGACCUCCAGAAACGCCUCUUUCCAGUGGAGCGCCCCUCAGUCACCCAACGGCAUCGUCACCAGCUAUGAGCUCCAUGUGUAUAUGGCUUGCCCUCUGAACCUACAGCCAGCAGCGAAGGCUUGCAGUCCUGGCCCAACUGAGGUGAAGUAUACAGGAAAAGGCCAGAGUGCCAACGUGUCCAACCUCGAGCCUUACACGACUUACAACCUGCGAGUCGUGUCUUACAACUCUGUUGGCAGCAGCGCCUCAGAAUGGAUUGGUUUCACUACGGAAAAGGAGCCACCUCGGUACAUGGCUCCAUUCUCCGUUGUCAGCAAUUUAUCCACCAUCCACAUAGACUGGAGUCGCACUUUUGUACUGAAUGGCCGCCUGAAGGAGUACGCGUUAACUGAGAGCGGGCAACGCAUCUACAGUGGCUUUGACACUGAGCUGUAUUUACCAAAGACAUCUGACAAAACCUUUUUGUUUCAAGUGACCUGUAUCACCGAUGAAGGGAGCGCCAUGACACCGGUCAUCAAGUACAGCGCUGGAGACGGAGUUGGUCUGAUCUUGACAACACCUGGAGAGAAGGACAAAGCGGAGUCCAAACGUGCAAAAUUCUACAACGAGUUGUGGUUUGCAGUGCUGAUGGUAGUUCUAGGUUUGAUCCUCUUGGCUAUUCUUCUCUCCUUAAUUCUGCAAAGGAAAGUCCACAAGCAACCCUAUGCACGAGACAGACCUCCUUUAGUUCCACUCCAGAAAAGAACGUCACCAAUGAGUGUGUAUUCAUCAGGUGAAACCCAUCCGGGGCUGGCAGAUACGAAAAUUCCAGGAGCUGGUUCUCCCACGAGCAACCGCAGUGUCCAUAUCGCAUCUGGGGCAAGGAGACCAAGUCAGAGCCAGCUAAGUCGCACAUAUUCCCAAGCCUCUCUUCAUCGUAGUGUCAGCCAGCUGCUCGACCUCUAUGACAAAAAGUCUCUUGUUGAAGAAUCACCUUGGGAUGCCAUUAUUCGCAAUCAUCGCACUACUGGUCGUGGCUUGUAUGUAGAUGAAGAAGAUCUUGUCAAUGUCAUCAAAGGCUUCAGCACAGUCACCAAGGAGCAUACCACAUUCACUGACACCCACCUCUGA